CUUGCCGCUUUUCCCCAAAUCAUAUUUCUUCUUACCUAACACUGAAGCAGCAACAGUCAGCAGCAGAACUGAUCCGCUUAGCUACGGCCGCUUUACUGGUGGCGCAACCCUACCGCAUCCUCGGAGAAUUAGCGGAGCAGCCAUGGCCACAUCAAACGUCGACGUUAAAGACGAACGCAUUGCUGGGAUCGCCUCCAGUAUUCGUGUCAUACCUGAUUUCCCCAAACCUGGGAUAAUGUUUCAGGAUGUAACGACGUUGCUGCUUGAUCCUAAGGCGUUUAAGGAUACCAUCGAUUUGUUUGUUGAGAGAUAUAGAGAUAAGAACAUCAAUGUUAUUGCCGGUAUUGAAGCAAGGGGCUUUAUAUUCGGUCCUCCGAUCGCAUUGGCUAUUGGUGCAAAAUUUGUUCCAAUGAGAAAGCCCAAAAAACUACCUGGGGAGGUAAUAUCAGAAGAGUACUCUUUGGAGUACGGAACUGACAAGAUAGAGAUGCAUGUUGGAGCUGUGCAAGCUGGGGAACGUGCAGUUAUAGUAGAUGAUCUCAUUGCUACAGGGGGUACCUUAAAUGCUGCAAUACGUCUGCUUGAACGUGUUGGGGUCACCGUGGUUGAGUGCGCUUGUGUUAUUGAAUUGGCUGAACUGAAGUUGGCAAGUCUCUUCUGCGAAUUCGGACUACCUUACACACUCAACAUAACUAGCCCGCGCCUUGCAACUGUUUCCAGCUACCAAAUAUCCCUGAAAGACAGAGAGGGCACCCUAAGCUUUGGCAAAUUCAUGAUGGUCGGGAGAAAUUGGGCGACAAAUCACUGUUUGUUCUUGUGAGCGAGACAUGAGGAAAGAAAGAAUGCUGCCCUUGCUUCACAAAUAAUUAUUGCUCUUCCUUCAAGAAUUGCUAGGUUCGUGCCUAAUCCCUUUGUACCUGUAUUCUAUGUUCUCAUGAAUUACUUUUAUUUGGGUUGAUCAUGUCUAAACACCCUCAGUCAAGAAACCAAAAUUUAUUUCCACCAUUUUAAUUUACUUUACUUUUUGUUCGAUA